AUGAAACUGCACAAAAAAAAUGUAUUAAUUCGUUCGAGCAUGCAUUCUCCAUCAAAUUUUGAUUCGAAACCCUCAACCCAAAUUCCUCGAUAGAGAUCUGUCAAUUAAUUUGAAGAGGCUGAUCCUAUUUCAAAAGGUAUUAGGAAAACUAUAUUUAUGAGAUAGAAAAAUUAUAAAAAUGAGGAAUGUUGUAGACUUAGGAGAUGCAACUGAAUCUGUUCAUAAAUCUUCAUCUAAACAAAGGAGAAGAUAGAGCAAAGAUGAAUAGGAUUAACUACUUGAAUAAUUAGAUCAAUGGCAUGAAUAAGUGGUAUCAAAGAAAAAAGCAUUUGCAUUUGAAUAAGUUAAGUAAAAUGACAAUAAAUUUAUGGAGAACGAAUUCUCUAGCGAAGGAGGACCUUAAAUAAAUUAAACCAUUAUCAAUUCUAUUCUCAAACCAUAAGAUAAAUAAUAGUCAAAGAACUUGUCAUUAGAAGAUGAAUAGAACUCUAAUGUUCAAGUGAAAUUUUAAUAGUUUAGAUCAAACAAGGAUUCUAAUCCAGUUUUAAAAACUCUAGAUUAAGUUAGGAUAGAAAUGAAUAAACAUAUCUUAAACUCAUUAUUAUUAUAAAAAGUUACAAGGAAGUUGGAUGAUUUAUAAAUUAGCAGAAAAGGCAAAUCAAAUUGGAAUCAUUAAAAAAUGGAUGAAGAGACAACCCAAGUAGUUAGAGAUUAAUCAUAAGCAUUAAAAAAUUCAACCCUCAAUAACUUUAAAGGAUUAACUGAAUAUUUUAGUAAUCCUUCUUAAUACAUCGAUUACGAUAUAGUCUUAUCUAAGGCUAAAUAUUACAGUAAUCGACCUCCAAAUUAAUUUUAGGUGGAAAUUGUAUAAACUGGGUAAUAAACUUCUUAGACUGCUAAAUAAUUAAUGGAAUCAUUUUAAUAAUUCUAGAUUUAAAUAAAAGAAAAUAAAUAAAUUCUCUAUUAAAUGAGAUUGGAUAAUAAUAGAUUAGUGUAAAAAGCAACAAAAAAAGAAGAUGAAAUAAGCGAAAUAAGAAGGAAAUAUUACGGAAAAGAGGAAAAAGCAAGAUUAGGUUAUGUUUCUGAGUAAGACGGAAAAAAAAGAAAUAUGAUGGAGACUAUAGAAAAAAUUCGAUAAUAAAGAGAUGUAGAAAUUAGAAAUGUUCAAAAAUUUAUCUCAUAAAUAAAAGAUGAAAUGCACAGAAAUACUGAGAAAUAGGAGAUAAUCUAGAAAGAUUUAGAUGAAUUAAGGUAAAAAAAGAGAAGGUGUAAGAUGCUAUUGAAGGACAUAUUCCUAAAGCAACUUUAAGAGGCAAAUGAAUCUUUGAUGCCUGAAGGUUUAGUUUAAAUAAUUAAACAAAUGAAAAAAAUUAAUGAAAACGCUAAAGUUGAAUAAUUUCCAAGAUAUUUAGAUGACUAAUCAAGACAGUAUCUUCUUCAGGCUGCAUAAUUAGAAAUAUAAAUAGAAGAUACUAGGUCCCAAUCUUAAAAGUUAAACCAUAACAUUACUAAUUUAAAAAGUACUCAAUCUUAGUAAUGUUUAUUUUAAACAUAACCAGUAAGUGUUUCGCAAUUGAAAAGUCAAGUGAAGACGAUGCUUAAAAGAAGUGGAGUUUCUAUAAAGAAACCAGUAUUUGUAUAAGGUAUAGAUCCUAUGAAUCCUUCAUCAUUUGCUCACGUCAUUAAAUGGGAAAAUCAAGAAUUAGAACAGGUAAAAUUGCAAGAUUCAGAAGAAACUCACUUUAAAUUGUAAAAUAUGCCUAGUGAUGACAAUUUAAAUUUUAAAGAUUAUAAUCAAAAGUUAGUUUAAUUUUAGCAAUAACUUGAAUAACUUCAAAAGGAAGAAAAGGAAAGAGUAUUAAAACUUUAUUAAAAUAAAAGACAUUUAUCAGAUGUUCAAGAGUUAAAAUUAGUUUUAUACUCGUUAUUCGGAUAAGUAAUAGGAGAUUAAAUAUGGUAUGAAUUUGUUAUUGAAUGGACUGAGUAAAAAUCCUUAAAUCCUCAAUAAAUAUUGAAAAAAGAUUCAGAAUUAAAAGUAAAUGAUAAAGGAUAAAGUUAAAAUUAGAUAAAUGA